AUGUCGCCCAACGAGUGCAACAUCACUUCUGGUAGUGGCCCCUCAAAGAAAGAUGAAAAUAAACCGCACAGUUUUGUCUCAAAAUCUAUUCCUAAAAGUAAUCGCAAGGAAAAACCAAAGAUUUACAAAUUGCCUCCAUCAAACAAAAUAUGCAGUAUAAGUGACAAUAAAAGUUUGUCGUCAGUCGUCGACACAGGACCACAACUAUUAAACCGAAAAGUUCUGGAUAAAGAUCAAGAUUCAUAUAAAUCUCUGCCUGAAACUGAUCUUUUAUCAGAGAGACUUGACGGAAAAGUAUUUAAACUCAAACCAACUGAAAUCAGAACCUCUGACACCAAGCCAGUCAGUGUGGCUGAAAGCAACUUAGUUGAGAUUAGAUCAAGUGAAAAGAAAGCUUGUGAUGCCAAAGAAAAUGAAGUUAAAGUCAGUGAAGCAAAAGCAGUUGAAAGUAAAGCGAGUGAAGCAACCAAAGAGUUGCCUCCCAUACCGAAGACUAAAUGGAAAUUUUUGCGAGCGGAAUGGGUUUUAGAUACGAAAGAUGAAUUUUAUUACUACUGGCUAGGCGUAGUAUCCUGCGCAUUCGCUUAUAAUUUGCUCGUUGUAAUUGGUGAGCAUUUCAGCUUAUUGCUUCUUUCUAAAAAAUUCAUUGAUGUAAUAAAUGCUCCAGGUACUUUCCGCGACUUUUCAGCUCGAUCUGUUUUUUUCGAGUUGGGUUCGGGUUAUUAUUGGAUUGUUUGGUUGUUUGUGGACUUUGUCAUGGAUACUAUUUAUCUUAUAGAUAUGUUUGUUCGUUCACGAACAGGCUACUUAGAGCAGGGAUUGCUCGUGCGCGAUAUUUCAAGAAUCACGAAACUUUACAUAAAAUCAAUACAAUUUAAAUUGGACGUGCUCAGUUUGAUUCCAGUUGAUCUUGUCUUAUCUGUAGUGCUACAACAACCACUACCUUAUUUACGCUUUAAUCGGAUUAUUCGGUAUUCACGUUUCUCGGAUUUUGUUGAUCAUACUGAGACCAGGAGUUCAAUGCCAAAUGCAUUUCGGGUAUUUUGCGUUGUUGCGAAUAUUAUUGUAAUUAUACAUUGGAAUGCUUGUAUAUACUUCUUUAUCAGUCAAAUGAUCGGUCUUGGCAGUGAUGGUUGGGUUUAUGGAGAAUUAAACAGACAAAGUUUGCCUGAAGGUGUUGAAGACACUCUUGCUAGACGAUACAUUUAUAGUUUUUAUUGGUCAACACUGAUAUUAACGACAAUUGGUGAAGUCCCAAGUCCGAAAAAAAAUGUUGAAUUCGCAUUUGUGAUAAUGGAUUUGAUGUGUGGUGUGCUUAUCUUUGCUACCAUAGUUGGUAAUGUCGGCAGUGUAAUAUCAAAUAUGAGUGCUGCUCGAACGGAAUUUCAAAAUAAAAUGGAUGGUAUCAAGCAGUACAUGGAGCUAAGGAAAGUUAGCAAGCAGCUAGAAACUCGAGUAAUAAAGUGGUUUGAUUAUUUGUGGGCUCAUAAGCAAUCGUUGAGUGAUCAAAAGGUUCUAAAGGUACUUCCGGAUAAGUUACAGGCGGAAAUCGCUAUGCAAGUACACUUCGAAACUCUUCGGAAAGUGCGUAUUUUUCAGGACUGUGAGGCGGGUCUCCUAGCUGAGUUAGUAUUAAAACUCCAACAGCAGGUAAGACAUGAAGAUUUUCGAGUAUUCUCUCCCGACGACUAUAUCUGCCGCAAGGGUGACAUAGGACGAGAGAUGUACAUUGUCAAACAUGGUAAACUGCAGGUAGUUGCAGAUGAUGGCAUUAAGAUAUUUGCAACCUUGCAAGAAGGAGCUGUCUUCGGUGAACUGAGCAUACUUAACAUUGCUGGUUAA